GGAGGGAACCGGUAAUUGGUGGCAUUCCAGGUCUGUCAUCUCUGGUUUCUUUGUGCAUCAUGUCUCAUUGCCAGGUUAAACAACACUGAUCAAAUGGUUCUCAGUUUCUUGAUCUUCGCUUCGUUUUGACUGUCAAAUGUCGAUACUGAGGGUGAAUUUGCACAACCCGUAACAUCUAUGUUUAUGAUAAAACCUAAUCUCAAGGAAUUCUCCCCAGCUUUCCAUAUGAACAUAAAACAAAAGAGAAUCUUUUCAUCCUCUUACAAUCAAUAGGAGAAAUGGAGAUUCUUGAAGCUUCACAAAAUUUUGUUUUUCUGGAGAAAUGAUUUUUUUGACGAGCACUGAGUAAUUCUGAUCCAUUAUUCCCACUUGCAACCAGCGCUUUCUUUUUGGGUUGACCAGUGGGGAUUAAUUAUUUAAUUCUUCCGUUCUUUGCAUGAGUUGUCUACGAUAACCGAUUUGAACACUCCUUUUCGGUGCCUUGUAUGAACUUUCCUAUUUUUGGCAGGGGGAUUGCAAAAUACCUAUGACAGCCAUCUAAACAGUCGUUCAAAAUCAAUCCUUGGAUACCGAAAUGGAUCCUCAUGCUGAAGAAUUUCCUCAAUACAUCCAUAUAACGCAGAAUGAAUUUUUAAACAGAAGGCAUGUGAAGCAGAGGGAGGAGGAUAUUGCUAUAUGUGAAUGCAAAUAUAAUCCUAGCGACCCUGAUAGUGCAUGUGGGGAUGGCUGUCUUAAUGUACUGACCAGCUCUGAAUGCACCCCCGGCUAUUGCCCGUGUGGUGUCUUUUGCAAAAAUCAGAGAUUUCAGAAGUGUGAAUAUGCAAAAACAAAGUUGUUCAAAACUGAAGGCCGGGGAUGGGGUCUUUUGGCUGAUGAGAAUAUUAAGGCAGGCCAAUUUAUCAUCGAAUAUUGUGGAGAAGUAAUUUCAUGGAAAGAAGCCAAGCGAAGAGCCCAGGCUUAUGAAAUUCAAGGUCUUAAGGAUGCAUUCAUUAUUUGUCUUAACGCUUCUGAAUCCAUUGAUGCAACUAGAAAGGGAAGCCUUGGUAGAUUUAUAAAUCAUUCAUGUCAGCCAAAUUGUGAGACAAGGAAAUGGAAUGUCUUGGGUGAGAUAAGAGUUGGAAUAUUUGCAACACAAGAUAUACCUGUUGGAGCUGAACUGGCAUAUGAUUAUAAUUUUGAGUGGUUUGGUGGUGCAAAGGUUCGUUGCCUCUGUGGUGCAGCCAAAUGUUCCGGAUUCCUUGGAGCAAAAUCUCGUGGUUUUCAGGAAGAUACAUAUUUAUGGGAAGAUGAUGAUGAAAGGUACAGCGUUGAGAAAAUUCCAGUUUAUGACUCUGCAGAGGAUGAGCCUCUCUCAAAGGUCCUUAGAAACUUGCACCCUGACAUUCCUGGUAUGCAAGUUAAUGGGAAAAUUGAACACUCAACGGAUGUUGUCAUAAAACCUGAACAAUUAUCAGAGUCAACUGCUUUUGGCAUUCAGCCGCUUGGAUCGGUUCCAACGAAGGGUUUACAUGUCCAUCCGAUAAAGUCUGAGGUAGAAAGUAACGAUAUGAAAUUGUACCCUAGAGAUACUCAGCAGGCCUUUCCACAGAACAAUGCAAUGAUAUCACGAAUCAGAAGUAAUACUGCAGCCCGAAACUAUCGCAUUGGACCUAGGUCCAUACCUGCCAAAAAAUCAAAGAAAUAUAACGGAAGCAUUAAAAACAUCACACAGAAGCAAGUCGAUGUGAAGUCUGCUGCUGAAUCUUUAGCAUCAAAAGAAGCACAAGAGGAGAUUUUAAGAUAUGAGGAAAUGAAGAAUGAGGCAACCUGUGCUCUUGAUAACUUAUACAAUGAAAUACGACCAGCCAUUGAAGAACAUGAGAGGGACAGCCAAGACAGCGUAUCCACGAGUGUAGCAGAGAAGUGGAUUGAAGCUUGCUGUUUGAAAUUGAAGGCGGAGUUUGACGUUUACUCCUCCAUUGUCAAGAAUUUUGCCUGCACACCUCCCAAGCCUCGUGGCCUUCCAAAACCAUCUCCUCAAGUUGAUAAUGAAAACGAAAAUAACAAGCUCUUGACGAAUUGAUAUUCUUGUAUUCCAUCUCAUUCAUUCAUAAUUCGUAGGUUAUGAUUUUCCAAAUUGGGUGGAGGUACUCGGAGGAAAUUCCUUCUGGCCAUUUUGUAUGUUACAUUCAUAACACAACAGACCAAUUCAAAGAAUUUUCUCACGUGCAAUCCCCACAUGAUUCGGUGGAGGCGCUUGCUUUGAGAUUAUGUCCA